UUAACCCCAGUGGGCGCCGUGUCCUCCAUGACCCCAACCGCCGGCGGCGUGACCUCCCCAACCUCCGGCGUGACCUCCCCAACCUCCUCCAUGACCCCAACCUACUGGCAAGGGUUGGGGUUCGGGUUCUGGAUGAGCCAUGACGGCGAAUACAGCCAUGAGGGCUACAGCCAAAAAUACUAAGAAUUUCAUUGUUGGGGUGGACACGCUGGAGGAUGGGGAGGUCACGCUGGAGGUUGGGGUCAU